GGUUCGUCGCAGGACGAGCGGGGCGCCUGCGCCCUCCUCUCCACCCAGCUGAACGCGGUGCUGGGCGAGCGCCCCGUCACCCACCGCGAGGUGCAGGGCAACGAGUCCGACAUCUUCAUGGAGUACUUCCCCCGCGGCGUCACCUACCAGGAGGGCGGCGUGGACUCGGCGUUCAAGCCCACCCGCCCCGGCGCUGGCGCUGGCCCCGUGCGCAAACUCUACCAGGUGAAGGGCAAGAAGAACAUCCGGGCGAGCGAGCGGGACCUGAGCUGGGCCAGCUUCAACACCGGCGACUGCUUCAUCCUGGACCUGGGCGAGACCCUCUUCGUCUGGUGCGGGGCCAAGUGCAACGUGCUGGAGCGCAGCCGGGCGCAGGAGCUGGCCGCGUCCAUCCGUGAUGGCGAGCGGGGCGGCAAAGCUCGCUUGGAGAUCGUGCCGGACGGCGAGGAGCCACCUGAGAUGCUCGAGGUGCUGGGCCCCAAGCCCACCUUGCAGGAGGGCAGCCCUGAGGAGGACGUCGUGGCUGAUCAGAGAAACGCGAGGGCAGCUGUCCUCUACAAGGCAAGGCCGCCGUGGGACACCAUGGUGGCCCUGGGGAUGAGCCAUAGCUGA